AAUAUUCUUAUUCUUGCAAUAUUUAGCAGUAGUAUAAGCUUAUAAACAUCUACUGCCUCCGUUUCAAAGUAAUUUAAUUUCUAACUUUAUCCCAGGCCAAACUUCCUUGACAAUUAGUAAACGGUCCAUACAAAGUGUAUUGAUCCCAUUAUCUUUUUUGCACGGCCUUGAACAUCAUGUAUGUAUGACAAAGUUUUAGUAUUUGACAAACUGUUUCAAAGUCCACUUGCCAAAAUUACUUUCCCUCUCCUAUCUAGUACAUAGCUAUCUUGUUGUUUUUGAAUGUUGGUAGCUAUCUUGUUGUUGGAUGUGUAUAUAUAUAGAGGUAUCACUGCCCAUCUAUCGAUCUCACUCACACACACAAGCGACAGACAGACAGACAGACAGACAGAAGUUGUGCUGUGCUCUCUGCCUCUUGUUAGCGACCUUAGCAGGACCAGGCGGGAUGGCGUCGUUCGGAGACGAUGAGAAGCCUCCUUCUCCGAAUGCAGGUAGCAAAGAUGGGCUGGUGACCAUGGCAAUUCCGGCGUACAACAGGAAAGAUGUGGGGCUGACCAAGGACACGGUGACGGCGAUGGUGGAGAUCAAGGCGACAUCCUCCGCCGCCAUGAGGGAGGGGCUGGACCUGGUGGCGGUGCUGGACGUGAGCAGGCACAAGAUCGAGAGCGUGAAGAAGGCCCUGCAGUUCAUCAUCAUGAAGCUCACCCGCGUGGACCGCCUCUCCAUCGUCAGCUUCGAUAGCACCGCGCGCAGGCUCAACCCGCUUCGCUGCAUGACGCAGGCUGCCCAGACCGACCUCAAGGCCGUCGUCGACGGCCUGGAGGACGGCGGCGGCGCCGACAUAAUGGCCGGUCUCGAGCUGGGGCUGGCCGUCCUCCGCGGCCGCGUCCACACCGAAUCCCGCACCGCCAACGUCUUCCUCAUGUCCGACGGGCAGACGACCUCCGGCGACCCCAGGCAAGUUAACCCCGGCGAAGUGGCCGUCUACACCUUUGGCUUCGGCGCCGGCACGGACCACAAGCUGCUGAGCGACCUGGCCAACAAGUCUACUGGCGGGACGUACAGCGCGGUGCCCGACGGGACCAACCUCAGCGCGCCCUUCUCGCAGCUGCUCGGCGGCCUGCUCACGGUGGUGGCGCAGGACGUGCAGCUCACGCUUGAGCCCAACACCGCCGAUGGCGACCUGGAGGAGAUGGCCGUGGCCCCGGGCAGGGACUACACGACGAUCACUGACGACAAGAGCGGCCUUAUCACCAUCAAGUUCGGCACCCUCUUCAGCGGCGAAGCCCGCAAGGUAGCCGUCAACUUCAUGCUCAGGGACAGCGACGAGACCGAAGAGUACGACGCCACCUUGGCCGAGGCACGGCACAGCUACGCCGGCCAGAAGACGCGCCAGUCUCUCGAGGCCAUCCUCAUUGUGCGCACGCCGAACCCAAGCUCUCCCGCCGACGCCGGUGUCGAGAACCGCUCGGUGCAGGCCGAGGAGUUGCGCCGGCUGCACGCCGACUCCAUCAACGCCGCGAGCCUCCUUGCAGAGGCCGAGAGGCUGGAGGAGGCGCGGGAGAAGAUCGUGGACGCGCAGAACGCGGUGGAGGACAUCGUGCUACUGAACGACGGGGAGAAGAUGGUCAACGCGCUCCGCGCCGAGCUGCUGCAGCUGCUGGCCUUCAUGGAGUCACAGGAGCUCUACAACCAGCGGGGACGCCCCUACGCCCUCGCCACCGUCACGUCCCACGGGCGCCAGCGCACCGCCCCGAGGGACGACGAGGGGGAGGUCAGGUGCCUCUAUGCGGCGCCGCGCAUGACCACCUACCUGGAGCAGGCCAAGAGGUCCGAGGAGAACCCCAAGGAGCCCGUGCCCUCCGCGGACGACGAUCUCUAGUCUAGGAGAUAAAAAAAACGCGACCCCUUCGCCGCCAUCGCCGACGCCAGCAACAAAUUAUACUGUACUUUAUCAUUGCAUGUAUUUGUACGUCCUUACUUUCCCAGGCUUUCUGUUAAUAUAAACUGCAUGUAAUUGCUUGAGUUUGAUUAAUAAAGUUGCUUA